UGAUUGGUUCGCUGGAAAAGAAAACCGGGAGGGGAAACCUCUGAAGUCCGGAAUAAUCAGGAAGUUCUGAGUUUUGUGUUUUAUUAAAUCUAUGUUGGGUCACUUAAAAGUGUUGUAGAAAUACUUAAUUCUUUAUAUACGACGAUUGUGAUUCCCAUAGAUUGUGUGGUAAAUAAAAGUGAUCUGCUUUACGUGGAGCAGCGAUACAUUUCAUAUAAUCACAGGUCAAAUAAAACCAAAUUUUAAAAUAAUGAAUAAGAGGCUUCUCAGCUGCUUUAUUGUAGGUGUCGUUUUUCUGAGUUUAGCUGCUGUGAGUCAGUCAGAGAAUGAAGAUGAUGAUGAUGCUGCUGUAGUAGCAACUGAAGAAGAGGACCCAGUUGAAGAAGACAUCAUUUAUAGAAGUCCUAUACCAUCAGGCAAUGUUUACUUUGCAGAACAUUUUGAUGACAUUAAUCAAUUCAGCAAGAAGUGGAUUCUAUCAGAGGCUAAGAAACAUGAUGUAGAUGAUGAUAUUGCCAAAUAUGAUGGGAAAUGGGAAGUUGAGGUUCCACAGAAGAAUGGCCUGACUGGAGAUCUUGGACUGGUUUUAAAAUCUAAAGCAAAGCAUGCCGCAAUAUCGGCUCACCUGGAUCGUCCUUUCAAGUUCACAGUAAAACCAUUGAUAGUACAAUAUGAAGUAACAUUGCAAGAGGGACAAGAAUGUGGUGGUGCCUAUCUCAAACUACUCUCACAUGGCAAACAUACAGCUGACCUUCGCCACUUUAAUAACAAAACACCAUACACCAUUAUGUUUGGGCCAGAUAAAUGUGGCAAUGAUCAUAAACUUCACUUUAUUUUCCGUCACAAGAAUCCACUGAAUGGAACGUUUUCAGAGAAGCAUUGCAAGAAACCCAAGGAACGCCUGGAGGAACCAUUCAAAGAUAAGCUUCCACACUUGUAUACAUUAGUUGUUCGACCUGACAAUACAUUUACAGUGAAACUUGAUCACAAAAUAGUCAACGAGGGUAGUUUACUUGAUGAUUUCACUCCUCCUGUGAAUCCACCCCCUGAAAUUGGUGAUCCUGAUGACACGAAGCCUUCAGAUUGGGAUGAACGCGAGAAGAUUUCUGACCCAGAGGCACGCAAACCUGACGAUUGGGAUGAGGAUGCUCCAGCUAUGAUACCUGAUCCUGCAGCGACCAAACCAGUUUCCUGGCUGGAAGAUGAGCCUCAAAUGAUUCCAGAUCCAAAUGCAGAGAAGCCUGAUGACUGGGAUUCUGAUAUGGAUGGGGACUGGGAGGCACCACUCAUUCCUAAUCCCAUCUGUGAGAGUGAUGCAGGCUGUGGUCCAUGGGAACCUCCACAAAUAAACAAUCCAGACUAUAAGGGAAAAUGGCGUGCACCCCUUAUUGAUAACCCAAAUUAUAAAGGUAGAUGGAAUCCCCGGAGGAUUCCCAACCCAGACUUCUUUGAAGACAAAGAUCCUUUCAGAAUGACAGAUAUUGCUGCAGUUGGGCUAGAAUUAUGGUCUAUAUCAAACUUGAUUUUAUUCGAUAAUAUUAUUAUAACUGAUGAUCAAACUGUGGCUGAAACCUGGGCUUCAGAGACCUUUGACCUCAAGCGCAGGAAGCUUGACAAAGAUGGAGAGAGUCUGUUUAGUCGACUAGUGACAUACACAAAUGAGCACCCGUGGUUAUGGGCCGUGUAUGUAAUAGUGAUUGGUCUACCCAUAGUGCUUGUUUUAGUCUUCUGCUGUGGUUCCUCUAAUCAGGAAAGAGAAGAACAGAGGCGUGUAGCAGAAGCGAAGAAGACAGAUGCUGUAUCUCCAGAUGAUGUUGACGAACAAGCACCAGCAAAGGCAACCAAAUCUAAGAGUCAAUUAGAGGUGCAGGAGGAAGAAGAGGAGGAGGAGGCGGCGGCAGAAGCAAGCGGAGGAGAGUUGGAUACUGAAACUCCUAAGGCAGAGGAAGCAGUGCCUGAAGUUGCAGGAGAUGUACCUAGUUCUCCCAAGAAACGUCCAUCAAGAAAAGAAGAAUGAUAGCUGUGACCUUAUGUAUAAAUUAAGAACAAGUAUUGCCAGUAAUCAAAAUACGUUGAGCACAUCCAAAUGCGUUCAUGGUCUGCGGAAGUUGUUGGACUUGAAGAUGGAGAGCCUUAGUAUUAUCAUUAUAAUUUUUAUCCAAACGCCACCAUGAUUAGCGUUUGAAAUCCUUAUUAUUGUAAUUAUGUAACGGCACUGUCUUCAGUUAUUACACGUCAGUUUGUAUUAACUGGACAAGGGAUAUCGGAAGUUUAGGGCAGAACAUACAAAGAAACUUAAAAACCAAGCCACAGAAAUUAAGAAUACUGAUAAAGUUACUGAGUUUAAAAGUGAUUAUUAUCACCUGUUUGCUCCUUCAAAUGUGUAUUUCAAAGUUGGAAUUGGUAUAGUACAUGAAGUUUUUAAGUUCUCUGCAUUCUGUGACUCCCAACUGAAAUUUCCCCGCCCCAAAAUCAUUUUGUUUCAUAUUGACUGCUUUAAUUUUACUUUCCCUUAAAUACUGAAGAAUUUGACCAUAGUUCUGCAACAUGUUCAGUUUCAUUUGGUAAAAAUGAAAAUAAACUAAGCAUCUUUUGUUUUUACUGCAGACUGGUGAGUUCAAGUCAUGCAGUGAGAGAGUAAAUCCGAAGGUAUCAGUUAGGUUUUCGUUUAAAUGUCAUCUGCUUUCAUAAUUGCCUUUAAAUUGUUUUAUAAAUGCAAUACUCGGUAGCAUUUAAAAGCAGAAUAUGCUGAGUGUUGUUAGUAUAAAAAAGAAUAUUUACUGAAAUUAAUUUAUUCUGCCCUUAGACUGUAAUAUACAGCAGGUAAUGAGUAUUUAAGUAUCGUCAGUAACAUCAUAAAAAUUGACAUUUAUCAAAUUCUGUAUAAAAAAAUCGUGUGUAUAUGAAAUCAAUGAACUCUGUCCAGUUAUUCUCUUUGUGUGUUCUCUGCUGAACUGCAGUUUAAAGUUUCCAAUUAAUUCUUUCAAAUUCUCAGCGUGUUUAUUUAUGAGAUGUUGGUUUAUGGUAACAGAAGUUGUGUAAUAAUUAUCUAUUUUGAAGUUUCACUUUAAGUUGAAGUGGUAUUGGGUGAGAUGAUUGUGUGUGCUUCCCAGCCAUCUGGCACUUGAUAUAACAAGCGUGCAGAAGGAUGUGUGAUUUUAUAUGCUGUAUCAUCUGAAACAAGUGGUAGCUUGUAUUUGUGUAUUUAGUCAAUAAGAAAACACCACUUCAAAAAUAUUUUAUCCAUUGCAAAAUAAAUAUCCACAAAAUGUUCAUUUCAAUUGUCAAACCAGUUAAGUGUUGUUGUAUUUAUGUAUUUUAUAGUAAAACUUAUUUCUGUUGUAAAUUAGAGUAAAGAUACAUAGUCAUUAUAGCAGCUUUGCAAAUAAGUUAAAAUAGUUUUAAUAUUGUACUAAUGUCUGUCAGAAAAUAUUGGAGUAAAAUAUUACUUGUAGCUUUG